AAAACAGUACAGCGUACCUAGGCUCGCUAGGUAGGUAGGGACACUGUUGGACACAGUGUGGCUGGAAACAGGUGGCUUGGCAACGCGGGGGGUUAUCGCCGACCUUAUCUCCACCGCCUAUCUGAUUACUAUCGCAUCCGCAUCAUAGCAUCAUCCACAGCUGCAUCACCCACCCCACCCACCAUCCACAACUGCGACUUCAUGAACUUCCCACAAGGACAAUUCCGCUGCGUCUGAUGCAUCAGCGAGCCGGUCAAUAGCUCGGUUGCCGUACUGCAACUUUAUAUCCAUAUUAUAUAUACCAUCCUUAAGCUCCCUCGACAGCGCAAGAACAAAGUGACGCAAGAGAUAUGGAUCACCAAGCAGGUGCCAGGGAGGAAGAGGUAGAUGACCUCGCCAACAAUGCUUUCAUCGAAAGCUUACUCGCUGAGGUCGCAAAUGCGGGACCUGCAAUGCCAGACGCGCCGGCAGAGGAAGGCGACUUCGAAGGCAAUAUUCAGGUGGAAAUCCAGGAAGAAGCCGACGAUGGUACCGCAGCCGCAAACACCCAAAUUAUCAUUGGCCAAAGGCGACUUAUACAACUCAUACAAAACUCGGGCAUCGAAAGACUUAUCCGCUUAGGAGCAGGGCCAUACGAUGACGAUUCUUUGGAUGACGAAGAUGACGAUGAUUACCAGGAGGAGGAGGACUUUGCUCCUAGGUGGAGAAGAUAUAGGCGCCGCAGACCAGACCCAAAUCGAUUCCCAAAAGUGCCUUCUGAUGAGGGAACAGAGUUGAUGAACUCGGGUGUAUUCGGAUCUAGUGAGGCAUAUACCGUUACGUCAAAUGAUAGAGGUAGUAUGGGAAAGAAAAAGAAGCUGGCAAUGAGAAUCUUGGACAGAGAACUGGCUAUUGAGAGUCCUGCCAAACAGAAGCUCAACCAGAGACUCAUGGCCCAGGGAAUGAUACCUGCUUCGAAUGCCGAUAUGAUCAUUCACUACGACGAUCCCGUUUAUUCUGGGCAGUUCUCGGACGACGGAAACUUCUUCUUCUCAGCCAACAAAGACUACCGAGUACGAAUGUACGAUACCUCGAACCCGUACAAGUGGCGAUACUACAAGACAGUGAACUACCCAUUCGGACAAUGGACUCUUACAGAUGCGUCGCUUAGCCCGGAUAACAAGUAUCUGGCGUAUACCUCUAUUGUUAGUCAGGUCUGCCUGGCUCCGACAGACGCAAAUGACACUGGGGAUCCAUAUGUUUUGGAUCUUGCAGGAGAUCAGGCCGGCCAACCUCAAGCCCAUGGAUUCCAUAUGAGACGUCGCGGAUUUGGGAUCUGGUCUGUUCGGUACUCUGGCGAUGGGCGAAAUUUGGUCGCUGGAACCACUGGAGGCUCUAUUGUCGUUUAUGAUAUCGAAGCGAGGAGGGUCAAACAUAGAAUAUAUGGCCACACAGAUGAUGUCAACGCGGUUUGCUUUGCAGACAAGUCGUCACCACAUCUACUUUAUUCUGGUUCUGACGAUACCACACUCAAAGUCUGGGAUACCCGGAGUAUGGGGGACAACCGAGCAGCAGGAGCUUUCAUUGGACAUAUCGAGGGUCUAACAUACAUCGACAGCAAAGGAGAUGGCCGGUACAUCCUCAGCAACGGCAAAGACCAAAGUAUGAAGCUGUGGGAUCUCCGCAUGGUCAUGCCCUCCGGCGACUUUGAACGCAUUCAGCCAACUCGACGAGUAGCACGAGAAGAGCGCUUCGACUACCGCUGGGGCAAUUACGACAAUGACGACUGGUAUCGUGACGAGCACGACAACUCCGUCGUCACAUUCCGCGGACAUAAAGUCCUACGCACUCUCAUCCGCUGCCACUUUUCACCCCCAGCGAGCACGAAUUCUCGGUACGUGUUUUCCGGCAGCGAAGACGGGAAAGUCUACAUCUGGAAUCUUGAUGCCAGCUUGGCAGGGACAAUCGACGUCAAAGCUGCUACAAAGGAUAGCCGACCUCGAUGGAGCGGUCGUAUCUGGGACGACGAUGAAGAUGAGGACGGCCCCAUUCCAUGGCGUACAUGUGUGCGCGAUGCUUCAUGGCAUCCCAAUGCGCCAAUGAUUGUUGCAUCCGCCUGGAACGGAUACGGCAUGCAGAAUGGCACUUGUACGGUGCAUUCCUGGAAUGAUGGUGCUGAGGACGAUGAAGCAGAACCAAAGAUGGGUUUAAGGGUAAAUCAAAGAUUGGAAUAUGAUGCAGCGUAUUACGAUGAGACGCCCCGGCCGAGACGGAGCCGUGCUGCUAGGCAGGCUAGGCUGAGGACCUUGGGUUUGAGGAAUGUUGGACUUGAUGACGAUGAAGAUGAUGUGUAGAUAGGCUCGGCUGGGGGUUGAGGUGCCGGGUGAGAGCAACUUAACGUUAUCACCAGACAGAGGACGCCAUCCAAGUGGCUUGAGUAUAUGGUUUAUUGCUGAAAACGCUGAAGGACGUUGACAUGCAUCACAGGAUCUUAUUUACAGCGUUUUGCUGCAACUGUACAUCAUCCAGAGCGGAGUAGAGGAAGAGGCGUACUUGGCUGGCUUACUGGGCAGAGAAUCAUUCUCAUGCUCGGAAUCUUUGUACAUUCCAUUGAAUCUUUACGCAGCAUCCUCAGGCUAAACAGUUCCAAAGACUGGCUGACUGCAGCCGACAUGAUACUCUGAGAUUGACAGAUUCUUUCGUCUGCACAUCAUUGCGCAGGUAUUCUCUGAUACUGUUUGCAGUACUGGAAUGACAUUAAACAGCCAAAAGAUAUGAGGAAGUGGCGUAACUUGACAGAAGUUGAGACGAGGAUUCAGAUUGGCGGGGUAUUGUAUAUAUCUCUUCGCAGUUAGCUUGGUGCAGAUGACAAAGUACGCAAGCUGCCUAUGAACUGCAGGAGGAGAGUGAGGUAAGUGGAAGGAGAGGACGGAAAGGGAUAUAAACGGGAAGGGGACGAAGGGGAGAGAAGAAAUCGGAAAGGGGCAUGUUGGGAGCACCCGCUCAAGCUGGCUAGACUAAAUGGCUUCAGAGGGUAAUGGCAGAACACAAAUUUGUGCAUUUGAUUGCAAGACGCUUUUGUCGAGACCUGUAUGCCAUAUAUGGGAUUUUCCCCUCCCCGACAUGAGGAUGGAAGUACAUAGACAGGGGUAAGAUUCCAUUUACCUAUAGAUCAGAUCAGUAAUAUUGCCGGGUUACGUGACUGAAGACUUCAGACUUCAAUGGGAAGCGAAGAGCCAAAGACAAAUUUAAGUUUUACUUAUGACGUCUAAAGAUGCCCGCGGACUAGAGAUUCUUCAAUAAAGCGAUACUUUGGAAAUAGAGAAGAGACGAGAAUAGACUGGUAAUGGAUCAGUCAAAAAUCUCACCUCACCCAUCCAUCUCAAAAUGUUGGAUGCUGCAAGCACUUAGUAGAAAGAGAGAGUUGCACAAGAGAGAAGU